CCUCUCUCGGUGGCUGGGCGGCAGUGUGGAGCGGCUGGUUGUUGCACGUGGGUGGAAGAUCUUGUGGCCACGGCUGACACUGAUAUAGAUAGCGCUGGUGUGUCUUGUUGCCAUGUUCAAAGGAUAUACCCAUGGGCAGUGGGCAAAGAAAAGACUAGAUGGUGAGGAUGUGUAUGGAAGCAGAAUAUAUUGCAGCUUCGGAAAGAAUCUAGACAGGGAAGGAUCGAGAACAGAGACAACUGGCGGCCGGUGGUUCCAGCAAUACUCCCACGACAAAGAGGCAGAUUUAUCAGAGAAUUCUGAUAUCAAAAACUCCCUGAGGUUCACGGGCUACUCACAAGCCAUGGGGGAGGUGGCAGAGCCCGGGUUGUCCUGGAAGGCGAGGGACCCCUUAGGCAAUGGUAUAUCAUCCAUGCAGCGGCCAGGCUCGGCAUUCAAGUCUUACGAGAAGUCUUCCUCGGUCUCUCUUCUAGUGGAUGAACAGCAAAGGUCCUGGCCAGCCAGUGCUCCACGAAUGCUUGGGAAUCAGAAAAGUGUCAAUACAAGUGGAUGUUCUUCUGGGCUCUUCAAAGACUUCAGCUUGCAAAAUGGAGAAAUCAGUGAAGACAGAUCUGCAGGUCUUCAACCUAUGCAUCUGGACAGAACUCCAGAUACGUUCCAGAGACCACAGUAUCAGAAACCAGCGUUCAGAAUGAGCUCCCCCCCAGCAUUUUCCUAUAGCUCUAGGAAUUCAGAUUUGUAUUCCUUCAGUAACACAUACAGAGGAAGGAAUCCCUCGCCUACGAUAGGAGCUGGAGGAAUGAACCUCCCGAGGAACACGUGGAAUGCCUCGGGGAUCACAAGCCAGGACCAGCUCAUCCCCGGCCUUCAGGACAUGUCUCUGGGGGGAUCAGGAGCAGGGGUGAACGUGGGCAACACUCAGCAGGUGCCCGUUGAACUGCAAGUUGCCAAUCUGGACCAAAACAUUGAUGCUCGGGACAUGAAGCGCAUUCUGUUCACAGUCUUCAGGGAUCAUGUGAUGAUACUGCACAUAUCAGUGUUUGUACAGUCUGAUGGGAACCUGGUAGCCUCUGUGCGCGUCCCAUCACAGCAGGACGCCCAGUAUGCCAUAUCACAGCUGCACCGUAAAAAAAUUGGAGCAAAGAGGAUAAUCAUAUCGUAUGUCAACCACAACCAGCCGUCUCCUGAAGUCAAAAGGUCCAAGGUUAUCAUGCUGCUCCAAGAAGUUCCUGGUAAAAGGCUUCCUUUGUUCAAGUUUCGGGAGCUGUAUGAGCGACGCUUCCAUGAGACCAUCGGGGUGUCUGAGAUGUACAGCAUGAGGGACAUCAUCAGCGUGUCUGACAACAGUACGGGCAGGAUGGUGGCGCUGCACCCUGAACUCCGCCACUUUCAGUCCCCAGAACUGCCUGAGAUUAUUGAGGACACGGAAGGCAGCUUCUCUAGAUUUUGUAAACUGCACAGUUCUGAGCCAGAUGAAUCCGUCGGCUGGGCAGAGCGAGACAGUAACACAGGUUUGCCAAAUGUAAACCUAACAUUACGUGUUUUGGCUGCCUCAAUACACUCUUUGCUGCAGUCCCACUCAGGCUUUCUUCCUCUCGGCAGCCUUAUUGACUGCUAUCAGGCAGAAAUUGGUGCAUUAGAAGAAUGUGAAGAUGGUGUCCCUCUUGAACACCUCAUUUCUUGCCUGCCUGGCAUAUGCAUACUGACCAGUGCUGGCGGGUUCAAGUACAUAAAAUGGGUAGAAAACAAACUGGCAGAUGAAGCAGAAGACCUAGCCAGGAGUGUGAGUCCUCCUCUCGUGGAACAGCUGGCACUGUUCUCCCGGGAGCUUGUGGACCUGUUCAAGACUUUCCCACACUGUCGCUUGCCCUUCUCCAGAUUCAUCCCUGCUUACCACCACCACUUUGGCCGCCAGUGUAGAGUUGCUGACUACGGGUUCACCAAGCUGGCUGACUUGUUUGAUGCCUUGCCUCACAUCAUGCAGGUGCUUGGAGAAGGGAACAAGCGCAUCCUGACCCUGGCCCACAAAGCACAGGUCAAACGUUUCUCAUCGGAUCUUCUCAGAGUACUGAAGGGACAGCCAACUAAGGCCAUUACAUUAGAAGAAUUUCCUUCUGCAUACGAGAAAAUCAUGACUCGCCAGUGGAAUGUUGUUGAUUAUGGAGUGUGUGACAUUGAAGAUCUCUUGACCGAGGUUGGCGAGACCACUGUGAUAGUUACAAGGUCUGGCGCAGAGGUGACGGUUGCCAUCCCUAAGAGAGAACAGACUCCUGAAGAAAUAGAGAGGACGCGACAGUUUGCUGCGGAGGUGAUUGAGCUUCUUCGCCAUUCUCCCGAGUGCAAGAUGCUCUUCAACAGGUUCAUUCCGGCCUACCACCACCACUUUGGGCGGCAGUGCAGGGUGGCAGACUACGGCUUCAGCAAGCUCAUUGAACUCUUUGAAGCAAUACCAGACAUAAUACAAGUAUUUGAUGACGAGGAUGGAGAGAAACACCUGCAGCUUGUGGAGCGAGCGCGCAUCAAGAUCCUGGGGGAGCAAGUUGCCGUGGUGGUGCGGGGAUCGCCAGACCAGGCCAUCAAGAUCUCCGCCCUUACUCAAGUCUUCACCCACUACUACGGCUACUCCCUCAAGCCCUUGCAGUAUGGGUCGAGUUCACUGGUGGACCUGAUAAGAAAACUGCGGAACCAUGUCAAGUUGGUUGAAACUGAGGAUGAGCCUUUGGUUGCUCUGGUGGACCGUGGUCACCUCCAUGAGAUAAUGGUGAGGGCCCGGAGGAUCCUCUGGGAUAUUCCUGAUGGCUCUUGCUCCCUGGACAAGUUCAUGAGUAUAUAUGAAGAAUGUUACAAUGCCACACCAAGCCUGGAGAUAAUGAAGAAAGAUUUGGAGGACAUUGUCAUUAUAGAUGAGGAAAACACCAAGAUCCGUCUUGUUCCAGUGCAGUUAUUUGCCAGGGAUUUACUGACAGUGUUACAUGAAGCUGGCGGCCGCAUGCACCUCGUGAAUUUUGACACAGCAUACAUUGAUAGGUUUGGAGUUGCAUGUCGUCCAGCAACUUAUGGCUUUCCGAACAUUGUCGCUCUGGUGCAGUCAUUGGGAGACCUCGUGACUGUCCGGGGGAGAGGCAUGAAGAGGAUCCUGGUGCUGAAUCAGGACUUUGCUCCUGCACCGCCCUUCUCAAACACAGCUGCCAAUAGUUCCAGCACAUGUGACAGUGACUCGGCAGCAACAGCAAUUGAAUCCAACCCCCACGGGUCCACUUCCCAGCUCCUUCUACCUCAUAAUAUUACCACCACAUCACAGUAUGAAUACCAGCACAUAAUACCAGACAUGAGCUCCAGCGCACACCUGGUGAUGAGUGUCAGUCCCUCGCCUCACCACCAGCCAUACCAGCCGUCCUCCCCUGUGGUGUACCCUAGCUCACCAGCAGCAGCCGGGAGUUCAAUGAUAUGGGGUCAGAUGUGGUCACCUCAGUACCCAGUGAUGCCCCAAAUGUCUCCAACACACUACAUGGUGCCAACUAUACCAGUAAAUUGGAGCAGCGUGCCACCUUCUCCAGUCACUGCCAUGAACCCCGGUGGCAAUCCUGCAGGGCUCCCAACAAGCCCAACACCACCCAUCUCAGUCCACACACUUGAUGAACUCUCUAAACAGGGUAACUGUCCCAAUGAAGUGUUCACUGCUCCUCCAAGUGCCAGUGAACUGCCGCCUCCCGAUCUGUUCACACAAGUGCCGCCAACAGACGUCACCUUAGGAGGAACAGUCGGCCACUCUGAAAGAAAUCAGGAAACGCUGGCCAGGGAAGAAGACAAGGGUGGUGCCUGGGUCCCAGGUAACGCAAAUGAAAAAGUGGAAAGGUCAUCCACUUCUGCCGUGCCAAAGCUCCACACAAAGAGACGGCUUGCUGCCCAGUUCACGUCCACCUGAACAAGGUUGUCAUAGCUUGUUUUGCUCCUUUUUUCUUUUAUUUAGACAUGAAUUAUCAGUAAACGUUUUUUUUUUAAUAUUUUCAUUUAGAAACACGAUUGUGACACAUGGGCAAUUCCUAGACAAGGCCAAUAAACCACUACACACACACACACACACACACACACACACACACACACACACACUUAUACGAAAAUAACCAGAAAUAAGAAAGCAUAUUAAGUUAUACGAAAAUAACCAGAAAUAAGAAAGCAUAUUAAGUUAUACGAAAAUAACCAGAAAUAAGAAAGCAUAUUAAGUUAUCCCUCCAUUAUUUUAUAGUAAACUAAGUAAAAUGUUGACACACCAGCAGCAGCAGCACACUCACACCCAAAUAAGUAGAACGAGUUAUUCUCUUCCAUUAUUUUAUAGUAAACUAAGUCAAGUUAAUGCAGCAGUGCACACACACACAAAUAACUGGGAAAAAGAAGGCAUUCUAGUUAUCCUCUUCCAUUAUUUAUAAUAAACAAAGUAACAAGUUUACGUACAAGAAUACAGUUCUAUCAAUAAUUUUGAGAUUAAUAUAUAGAAAAGUAGCAAAAUUACAAUAUUUUGUUUUGUUUAAUUUAACUUGUUGAUAUUUUGUAAGUGUUGGGUUUUUAAGGCUCUGAACCACGGUUGUGCAAUAUUUUGUGUGGUUGUAUGUUGCUAGUCUUUUGUAAUCUCAAGUCUAAUUAAUGGGAUGCAAUUCAUGAAUAUAUUUUUUCAAGCUAUUUAUUGUGUAUUUCACAGUAAUGAUAUUGACCUAUUGAAAGUUACUUAUGUUUAGAUUUAACAAGUAAAAGUUACUUAUGUUUAGGUUUAACCAGAGAUUAUGAAUUUGGAUCCUGCACAUAUUGGUAUUUCUUCCUCUCUGAUUAUAUUAUAUAAACAGACUGUAAAUACAGUGUUGACAAGGUCUGAAUGGUGAGGAGUACUUGGAGAAAGUUUUACUGUCUGGUCUGAAGAUUAUUUUGUACCAUGUUUAUCAGGGUUUGGGUAAGAGAUAUUAUAUAAUUUAAUGUUCUCAGCUAAUUAUUUUUAAUGUUAUUUCUACCAAUGUGAAGUCAAGACUUACUGCUCACAGUACAGAACGAUGCUGUUAUCUAUUGGCCGUGGAGGAUUAGAUAUGUAGUCUUUACAUUGUUUCUGAAGUCCAGAAACAUCCUCAAGAUAAUUUAAGAUUUCUUGAACAAAUUUUAAUAUAAAGAUAUAAUUUAAAAUGGCUAUUUAGCUAAAAUAGUUUUGUUUUAAGUAUGGAUGCCUAGCAAGGCUCUCAUACUGUUUUGAACAUUAAUUUAUUUAUACCCGUGACAUUUCAGAGCACAUCCAAAGGUUUGCAGAUAAAUCUUUAGUAUCUUACAUACCAAGUAAUACAGUAAUGCUUAAGAAUUCUAUAUGUUGUUAUUUACAAAAGAAGAUAAUUGUGAAAAGUACUCAACUGUGAAGAGAUCUCUUGGUUUGGUGUGUAGGUCAGCAUUAAUGUGUCGAGGUAUUGUUGUGAAAUGUUCAUUGUGUUGCUUAAGGCUAUCUCAGUGUUACACUGAAACAUUCCUUGUUGUGGAAUUUGGAAUAAACAGCAGUAAGAUUCA